ACGCAGCGGCCGUGGGUCUCCACCCGAGAGUAUGGCGGCUGGGCUCGCGCUGGGAAGCGAGGGAGAAGCGGAGACAUGCCAGAGAUGGUGAAAAAGAAACAAAGAGACGCAACUUGUGUAUUCCAGAGCGGAGAUAGUUUGUGUUUGUGGCGUUUUUACGACGCGGCGUCCGGCUUGCAAAAUCGCGCCUGCAGUUCAUUCUAGAGGCCAAGCGUUUUUCCAGUGUCCUCGAUGGAGCAAGUUUGUUUUUUUCUGAUGCAUACAGAGGGGUGAGCUAAGCAGAUGAAAACCGGCACGCUCCACAUCAUCGGGCGAUAUUUCCUUCCUCCCCCCCGUGCACAUUUUUUGGACAUUUGCAGUCCUCGGAUGCACGUAUAGCUGUCAGUGUCUGGCCUGCAUGGGGGAAUUUCUACAAUGAAAUCCAUCUUGGGGCACCGAGUCUUUGUGCUCUGCCAUAGCUGAGCAGCAGCGAGCAAGACUGUGUUAUUGACAACCCGUUCAAAAUGGGACACGAGUGGUGAAUUCGUUCUGAGUUCAUUUUCAAUGACGCGCGCAGAUUUAAUACCUUACGACUUGAUUUAAAAUCCACGAUGCGCGAGUAUAAAGUGGUGGUCCUGGGAAGCGGUGGGGUCGGGAAAUCCGCCCUCACUGUGCAGUUUGUCACCGGGACGUUCAUUGAGAAGUACGACCCCACUAUAGAGGAUUUUUACCGCAAGGAGAUCGAGGUGGACUCCUCGCCCUCGGUGCUGGAGAUCCUGGACACCGCCGGCACCGAGCAGUUCGCCUCCAUGCGGGACCUUUAUAUCAAAAACGGGCAAGGAUUCAUACUGGUCUACAGCCUGGUCAACCAGCAGAGCUUCCAGGACAUAAAGCCGAUGAGGGAUCAGAUCAUAAGAGUGAAAAGGUACGAGAAGGUUCCUGUGAUCCUGGUGGGAAACAAGGUGGACCUGGAAAGCGAGAGGGAGGUAUCGUCCAGCGAAGGUCAGGCCCUGGCUGAGGAGUGGGGCUGCCCGUUCAUGGAGACCUCGGCCAAGAGCAAAACCAUGGUAGAUGAACUGUUCGCUGAGAUCGUUCGGCAGAUGGACUACGCCGCCCAGCCAGACAAGGAUGACCCCUGCUGCUCCUCUUGCAAUAUACAAUAGCCCCGGGGGCCAGGCAAAAAGUCCACUUAGAGGAAGCUACCCCGACUCUGCAGCAGAGAGACACACACUUAGACACACACACAUGCACAUGCCAAUUAAACGGAGGAAAAAUUCAUGGUUGAACGCGAUGGAUUUUAACUCCACGGAGCAUAAAAUCAGCAGUGACAUGAUUAUUAAUAACAACAUGUGAGUAAUGAUUUUGAACGAGGAACGCCAGGAAUUUGCCGCAAGAGAAUUUGACAAAUGACAACAAGGAACAUGCCCUCGCCUUAUGUUACUCUCUUCUGUUUGGGUUUUAUCCUUUGAGUUUUGGGGGGAAAAUCAUCAGCAAACAAUCACAGAUCAGGAUCUUUAGGUUGUUCUCAAAACUGUUAAAAAUGCGGAAAUAAUCGUGUCUUGGUUUUGAUGCAUCUUUUGUUACCAUGACUCACUAGCUACACAAAUCCGAUAACAGAUUUCUGGGGUCCAGUAUUAAAUAUUGGAGUAUUUGAUUUACAGUAUGUACAUUUUUUCUCCCAGCUUAUUUUGUGCAGUGGUUGGUAGGAGGUUUUUCUACUCAUCACAGGGCUGAACCAAAGAGGUGACCUGAAAGCACCUCCAUUUUCUUAUUUUUUUCCAGUUGUUGUUGUAAAAGGAAUGGAGAGAAAUUGAUUGAUAAGUCAGUGUCUUUCUUGAAACAUUGGUGCAGUCAUCUCCUGUUCCUAUUUUCUCACUUUGAGAUACAAUAGCAAACAAUAGCAGAGUCUUUUAACAUAUCGUGUGAUGUUUCGUUUUCCUCUCUGGGAGACUCUGACAGCAGAUUGCCGAGUAGUAAUAUAAACUAACUGCUUCAUCCCGACGGAACGAAGAGUUCAUCUUCUCAGUGUUUGAAUAUCUCUACAGACGAUCUCUCUAAUCUCUUUUCAGGAAUGGGUAACAUUUAAAGUGAAGAUGCCAACAUUUGUCAUACUUUUCUUUCUUUUUUGUUCCUCCGGUAUCAAUAUGAAAUGGGGUGCUCAAGAGUUUCAACAUCCUGAUCCCAUUCUGUAUGUGCUCAGAGUAUUCAAAUCCAUAGUAACAAAUAGUAACGACGAAGGCGAUGAUAAUAAUAAACGGUAGUGUAAAUAUUUUGUAUUGAAAGUGCCAGCUCCUGUGAAGACACUGACUCAACACAUGUGGAAUUGUCAACUGUAUGCAUGGCUAGUAAACAAAAAAGGACUCUUACUGUUUGAGAUAAAUAUAGGCUGUGGAAACGUGCAAACCAAACACAUACACGACGUCUGGAUCUGGACACUGUCUCAACUGUACAUCUGUGUUACCGCGGGAGCCAGACUUUCCCCGUGUGACCAUUUUCAUUGUUGAUUUUAUAUUUUUUUAUGUGACCAUUUACUCUUUAUUCCCUCUCUGAAUGGUGACACUGUUACAUUUGACACCUAAACAAUAAAAGUGCGUUCAACACUCGA